AAAAACUGUAGCUAAACACAUAUCCAUCUUCUGCUCUAACUUCAAAAUUUCAAAUAAGGCCAAAAAUAUUUGAUUUAUGCUUAUCCUUAUCCCUCAUACGUAUCUGAAAUCUUUUUCACUUUUGAAUGCGUAAUUUUCAAAUCUAAAUCUUCAAAAUAUUUAAAGAUUUCAAAUGCUAUUACUAUAUUAUUAGCUUCAAAUUUCACUUCAUUAAGAUCUAUUGUCUACAGGUCCAUGGCAUCAGCCUUGUGCAGAUCAGAGGAGAAAAGCUUUUAAUUCAUGAUAUUUUGUCUUAAAACGGAUGCGAAAUUUAUAAGCUCCUUUAUGGGGUAGAAGUGGUAAGAGAUGGUAUUGCAAUUCAACUAUCUGUGGACAUGGAAGAGAUACCGGAUGAAGUUGGGCUUCUAGAGCAUAGAUACCCCAAUACUGCAUGGUGGCCUUCAGAUUUUGCUGAAACGUUUGGAUCUGUUUCACUUGAUGGCAAAGAAGAAAUUAUGAGGAAUCGGGAACUAACUGAGAGAGAAUAUGAUAGGUUAUCCCCUCAGACUGCUUCCCAGAUUUUCUGGAAAACUGGAACACUUUCCGAACCAAUUCCAAAUGGCUUCUAUUCUGUUGUUCCUGAGAAGAGGCUAAAGGAACGUUUUGAAGACAUUCCUACGUUGGAUGAGCUUGAGGGUUUAGGAGCAGAUGUUAUACUUGUGGAUGCCAAGAAAGACAAGAAGCUCUCAAUGCUAAAGCAACUGAUUGUUGCACUGGUGAAAGGUUUGAUCUCAAAUCCUGCAGCAAUGAUUAAAAAGAUAGCUGGAUUGGUGUCUGAUGUUUACAAACGACCAAACUCGGAACUAAGUCAUGCUAAAGCUGCACUUGAGGAAGCCUCUCACAUUUCUGACAACCAAGGUGUCCAGAUGUUAGGUCACAUAAAGCAUAGCUCAUCCCGUCCUCGAGCAAUAUUAUUCAAAUUGCUUGCAGAUACUGUAGGUCUUCAAAGCCGGCUAGUUGUGGGUUUGCCUGCUGAAGGGGCGUCCGAAUGUGCAGAAUCUUAUAAGCACUUGUCUAUACUAGUUGUGCUAAAUUCUGUGGAGCUACUUGUUGACCUUAUGCGUUUUCCUGGUCAACUUAUUCCACGAACAACCAAGGCUAUUUUUUUAACCCACUUAGCUGCUGGGGAGAGUGAUUCUGCAGAAAAUGAUUCCUGUGAUUCGCCUCUGGAGCCUAACAGCCCCCUCUAUGGGUUUUCAGAGAGAAAUGAUACUGAUAGUUCUGAAAAAGAUGAGAUCCUCCAGUAUCAGAGGAGAUUUGAGGCAUCUUCAAAUGCUGCAGGAUCUUCAUUGAGGAGUAUGAUGUUGCGCUCUAACACUUCAAUUGACAGAAAACUGAGUUUGUCGCAUAAUGAACCUAGUACUGCUACAACAGUUUGGAGAAGAGGUCGCAGGAAAGUUAUAACAGAACCGAGGACUGCAAGUUCAAGUCCUGAACAUCCUUCAUUUAGAGCGCAUGGACGGUCCAUGCUUAGUGAUGAUAACAAAACCUUCAGAGAUUAUUCAGAUGAUGUUGCUACUACAAGGUCAGAAGGUGCAUCAACAUCAGAAACACGAAGAAUACGAAGAAGAAGCAUUAGUAUAACUCCAGAAGUUGGUGAUGAUAUCGUAAGGGCUGUUAGAGCAAUGAAUGAAGCACUUAAGCAGAACCGACUUUUGAAAGAACAAGGGGAAAACAGUUCAAAUCAUCAUGCUUCAAACAACAGAGAUGGUGCUUCAGAUCUGAAAAGAGAUGUACCCAGAAGCAAAGCGCUUUCGGGGCCUGCUUGGUGCAGGAGAAUGGGAAUCUGGGAGCAGAUGAGUUCACAGAAAGCAAUGUCAUUACCCUCAUCUCCUCAUGAGUUGAGGAGGCAGGUUCCAGAAAGAAGUGGGCCAGGCAGGAUGAAUGAUGAAUUGGUCUCAACUUGGAACAGGAUACUGGAAUCACAUAUGUAUCAGGAUAAGCCUCUUCUACCUUUCGAAGAAUGGAAUAUAGACUUCUCCGAGUUGACUGUCGGCACUCGAGUUGGGAUAGGGUUCUUUGGAGAAGUUUUCCGUGGCAAGUGGAAUGGAACUGAGGUUGCUAUUAAAGUUUUUCUGGAGCAAGAUCUUACUGCUGAAAAUAUGGAGGAUUUCUGCAACGAGAUCUCUAUCCUUAGCCGACUUCGGCAUCCAAAUGUUAUACUGUUCCUGGGUGCCUGUGCAAAUCCUCCAAAUUUAUCAAUGGUUACUGAAUACAUGGAGAUGGGAUCUCUAUAUCAUUUGAUCCAUUUAAGUGGUCAAAAGAAGAGGCUUAGCUGGCAGAAGAGGCUCAAUAUGCUUGGGGAUAUAUGCAGAGGGCUGAUGUGCUUACACCGUAUGAAGAUUGUCCAUCGUGAUUUAAAAAGUGCAAACUGUCUUGUGAAUAAGCGCUGGACUGCGAAAAUUUGUGAUUUUGGGCUCUCAAGAAUAAUGACAGAGGCAUCUAUGAGAGAUUCGACGUCCGCUGGCACCCCUGAAUGGAUGGCUCCAGAACUCAUUCGGAAUGAACCUUUCACGGAAAAAUGCGACAUUUUUAGCUUUGGUGUGAUAAUGUGGGAGCUCUGUACCCUAAACAGACCAUGGGAGGGUGUACCGCCCGAUCGGGUAGUUUAUGCUGUUGCCAAUGAAGGAUCAAGAUUAGAGAUACCUGAAGGACCCCUUGGCAGACUAAUUGCAGAUUGCUGGGCUGAGCCAAACGAAAGACCGAGUUGUGAGGAAAUUCUUACUCGACUUCUUGACUGCGAAUACUCACUAUGCUAAGUGAAUUCACUUUUCCUUUGUAUAGAGGAACACAUGGUAGAGGUGUUAAAUGAUGUGCGGCUCAAGUUUUCACUUUCAUAUGAUUUUCCAGUUUUAGAAAGAAAAACAAAUGUACGUUUUGCCUGCACUCAAAACUUAGAAAUAUUCCUCUAUUUUUGUUGGGGUAAUUUAUUUACUCAUUUCUAAUAUCAGCAAGCAAUGAUCAGAAUUCAUGAUCUCUUUUUGUCCA